GACAUCAGUUGUCACAAGAUCUCUUUUCUCUCAAUAGUCAGCACAUCUAGCCGUCAUGUCAUGGUUGUUUGGGAGGAGAAAGACGCCCGAAGAAAUCCUGAAACAGAACCAGCGCGCUCUCAAUAAGACAAUCAGAGAACUGGAUCGGGAGAGAAGCAAGUUAGAGACACAAGAGAAGAAGGUCAUUGCUGAUAUCAAGAAAAUGGCGAAACAAGGACAAAUGGAAGCUGUGAAAAUCAUGGCGAAAGAUUUAGUGAGAACCCGGCGGUAUGUUAAGAAAUUCAUUUUGAUGAAGGCGAACAUUCAGGCUGUCUCACUGAAAAUACAGACUAUGAGAUCGACAGCAUCAAUGGCUAAAGCCAUGAAGGGCGUCUCAAAGGCUAUGGCCACGAUGAACAAGAAGAUGAAUCUUCCAGAAAUACAGAAGAUUAUGAUGGAAUUUGAGAAACAGUCCGAGAUCAUGGACAUGAAAGAGGAGAUGAUGAGUGAUGCUGUGGAUGAUGUGAUUGGAGAGGAAGAUGAUGAGGAAGAAGGUGAUGCUAUUGUUCAGCAAGUUUUUGAUGAACUGGGGCUCAACCUGGCAGACAUGUUGUCUGACCUUCCUUCUACGGGUGGCCCACUCCAAGCUAAAUCCAAAGCAGCUCCUCAGGCUGCGGCUGCUGCUGCUGCAGAUGACGACUCUGACCUUCAAGCUCGAUUGGACAACUUGCGGCGAGAAUGAAUAUAACUUUUUAAUUCUUCCACAUAUUUAGCUGAUGACUAGUGUAAUGAGCUAUAGUAUAAUAUCUACAAAGCUUGGCGUUUGUUUGUAUAUCAUGUAUCAUAAAACGGUUUAACAAUUGUUUCCAAGGCAA